AUGUUCAGAGCCAGAGAAUUAGAAGCAGCCACCGACCGAUACAACGACAACAGAGUAGUAGGACGAGGAGGGCAAGGAACAGUGUACAAAGGUAUGUUACCAGAUGGAAAAAUAGUUGCUGUAAAGAAGUCUGUGUCGGUGGAUGAUGAAACUCAAAUUGAGUCAUUUAUCAAUGAGGUAUUUUUACUUUCCCAAAUAAGCCACAAGAAUGUGGUAAAGCUAUUGGGAUGUUGUUUGGAAACCGAAGUCCCAAUUCUCGUCUACGAAUUUGUAGCUAAUGGUAAUCUCUUCCAAUUCCUACACGAUGAAAAUUACGAGUUUCCUACUUUGUGGAGUAUCAGGAUAACAAUUGCUACUGAGGUCGCUGGAGCUCUUGCCUAUAUGCAUUCUACCACUUCCGUUCCUAUAUACCAUCGAGACAUUAAAUCUUCCAACAUACUUUUGGAUGAAAAAUUUAAAGCAAAGCUAUCCGAUUUUGGAAUAUCAAAGUCUGUCAUUGGGGAUCAAACUCAUUUGAGCACUAUAGUUAAAGGGACCUACGGGUACUUGGAUCCCGAGUACUUUCAAUCAAACCAAUUCACAGAAAAAAGCGACGUUUAUAGCUUUGGGAUUGUUUUGGUUGAGCUUUUAACUGGAAAGAAGCCUAUAUAUUCAGCAGGCCCAGGGGAAUCGAGAAGCCUGGCAACAUUGAUUUUGUCAAUGGAGGAAGGGCUUAUAUUGGAAACAUUGAUGAGCGAGUGUCGGAUGGUCCAAAAGAGCAGCUUAUGGCAGUUGCUAAGCUUGCAAAAAGAUGCUUAA